AUGGACGCCCAAAGCUACCGGGAUCACUGCCUCAUCAUCGUGGGAAGCGGCAGUGCAGCUGAAUUGCUUCUUGCGAGGCGGCGCCUUCGAGCGGGAGGCAGGUUGGUGCACUUGCAGAUUGCUGGGCAGGAGGACAAGCGAUUGCAUGUGUCUGCCUUCGACGACUUAGAAUGCUUUUGGUGGUUUCCCCCGAGGGGAACCAGCUCGGAUUUUGGAAAGCGUCUGGGUGUGGUGACUUUCCAUACGCGGUGGACCACGACAGGUGUCGCGUCAAUACAUCUCCGCGACGACCAGCAAGUUCAAAUUUUCCGUGCCUCCGGGAAGAUGCGGCACGUCAGAAUCCUUAGUGCCGAAAACAACAUUGAAGUGGAGAUCUCGGGUGAGGUUAUCUUGAAUCCUGAUCUCCAGACAGCGGCUACGCUGGACGUUGAGGUGGCUGAUCCAGAGUUAAGACCCUGCGGAACGUAUUCCUCUCGCAGUAUGAUCUGCUCGAUGAUGAUCUUGCUGCCAUGUUAUGUUGCAAAGUGGCUGUUCUCGAUGCAUUAUGAGCAGAAUGCAGUCGCAGGGCAAGUUCCAUGGUGGCGGGGAAUGAGCAUCGGGAUACUGGACUUACCGCUUGGCUAUUGGGCCUUUAGUUCGGCAUGGACAGAAUGUCUGGUGAGCGAGGGCCCCUCGUGGCAAUUGCAUAUCCGAUCUCUGCCAACUGUGUGCGUUGUCGUGUUCCUGGCCAGCUCAGCGCAGCUGUCGGACACGCCGUCCGCCGCGCUCGGCAUUACGGCCUUCAAUGCCGUGGGUCCGUUUGUCUCCUACCUGGCCACCACAGCACGUCACCCUCAACGUCGGUGGGGCCCUUGUCUUCGGUGGUUCUUAGCCACUCUGGCUGGCACGGCUGGCUGCGUGAUCCUGAUGGGCGGGAUUCUUGUUGCCUACGUUUACCUGUUGGCGCUGGGCAGGGUGGUGACAGCCAGCAUGUUUCUACCCGCCGCGACAGCCAUGGCGGAAACGGGCAUGGUGUCUUUCACGCGGCUGGCCUACACUCGCCUCGUGGUCGCCAGGCGUCCGCAGAUACCAGGUGACAUGUCUCGCUUUGUUAUGCCAGUCAUGGUCUUUGCCGCGCAUGGCCUUUCCGAGUCGGUGCGACUCUCGGCCUUGCUAUCUGGUGCCGCGAGAACAGGAAGCUUCUCGUGGAUCAGCAGUGCAGCUUUGGGCUUUGCCUUGAAUGCCUUAACUCGUCUCGGCUGGCUUCGGCAUGCCUUCUUCUGCUGCACGAGAUGCGUUUUCGGGGCCCAGUGGGCCAUCUGGAUCGCAGCACCAAAUGGUUUCAGCAAGUUGCACGAUGAGUUCAAGAUCUAUGGAGGCUAUAUUCGAUUUGUGGCGCCUUGCAGUCUGAUCAUCGCGCGGGCCAUCUACUACAGAGAGCUGUCAUGGUCUGGGCCAGUGGCUCCAGCCUUCAACGCCGCCACAGCUGGCGUUUUCGUGACCUUGUUUGUGCUGGAAGUUCUGGAGGACGUUUUUGUGCUGCAAGAGCUUCUCCCUGCCGCCCCAAUCCCCACAGAGGUUUUGGAGACCAAUCUGCCAAGAAACAACUCUGAUGCUGGUGCGCUGGUGAGCGUGGAGAUGCGGCCAAACCAGGCCAAAGACUCUUCCUGGCGUGGGCAGGAACUGAGCCCUUCUGGCAGUAAGAAACUGAGCCCAGUUAUGACAAACCAGUUCUCUGAUCUGUCGAGCGUGCAACCUCAAGCCUCUCUGGGUACGCGCCGUGUGUCCUGGGGCUCCCGCUUGCGCCGGCAGCUUGGACAAGAACGCGAGGUGGUCCCGAGCAUGUUUCUGCAUGGCCUUCGAGAGAUCAGCUUUUUGGAACAGCUUGGGUGCUGCGCAAUAGCCUGCAUGUUCACCCUGGCCUGGCUAGAGUUGACUUUGGGUCCCUCCAAAGCUCGUGGCUUCUGCCCAUCCUCUUCUGCCCUCGACCCGAUGGAUCUGCUGUGGCGGCCCGUGCCCAUGGCAUGCUGA